AUGGACAAGGAAGGAGGAUUUAUUAACAGACCCCCCAUCCUAGAUGGAUCCAACUAUGACUAUUGGAAGCUUGAAGAGGAUUGGUCUAAGGAAGAAGAUGAACCGGCUCUUGGAAACUCCAAAGCUUUGAACGCUCUAUUUAAUGGUGUUGACAAAAACAUAUUCAGGUUGAUAAACACAUAUACUAUAACUAAAGAUGCAUUGGAGAUCCUCAGAACUACUCAUGAAGGCAUAUCUAAAGUGAAGAUGUAUAGACUUCAACUCCUCACUAUCAGAUUUGAGAAUCUAAAGAUGAAAGAUGAUGAUAAUGUUCAUGAGUUUUACAUGAGUAUUCUUGAAAUAGAUAAUUCAUCUAGUGCCUUGGGAGAAAAGAUGUCAAAAGAAAAACAGGUUAGAAAAAUUCUUAGGUCCCUACCUAAGAAAUUUGAUAUGAAGGUCACAACCAUUGAAGAAGCUCAAGAAAUCAACACCAUGAGAGUACAUGAACUUAUUGGGUCUCUCCAAACUUUUGAAUUGGGUAUUAGUGACAAAUCUAAAAAGAAAAGCAAGAGCAUAACUUUUGUAUCCGACACUAAAGAUGAAGAAGACCAAUGUGACUUAGAUACUGAUGAAGGAAUGACUAAUGCUAUUGUACUACUUGGAAGACAAUUCUAUAAGAAAAGAACAAGAAGUGAAGAGAGAUUCAAUCAAGGUAAAGGCAUUCAAUGUCAUGGGUAUGAAGGAUUUGGGCACAUUAGAGCAAAAUGUCCUACAUAUCUCAAGAAACAAAAAAAAGGGUUAUCUGUCUCUUGGUCUGAUUAUGAUAACUCUGAAAGUGAAUCUAAGGAUGAAGUUGUUAAACAUGUAACUGAUUUAACUGGAAGAUAUGAAUCUGAUGAAGAUUCAUGUGAUGAAGAAGUAUCCUAUGAGGAACCGGGUGCCUCCUAUGAAGAACUGCGCAUCAAAAGUGAAGAAGCUAUAAUAAUGAUGAAUAAGGGAUCUAAUGUGUUAGAUGAAGUCUUGCAAGUUGGAAAAGUAGUUGGAGAUCUGAGGGGGAUUGACUUUAAUUAUCAAAAUCUAGAAAAAGAAGAAGAAAGCUCUAUUACAAAAUUUGUUCUCCCUAAAAGGGAGCCUGAGCUUGUAAUGUCUAAACAUCUGACUCAACAUAGUGCCAGCCACCAGAAUACUCAAAUGGGAGGCAAGUAUCCAUCACAACCCAUGGCUAAUCAAAUGGCAACUAACACGAGAAAUGAGUGGAUACCCAAGCCUGUUAACACUAGUCUCAUAGCUCACACCUCUCUUAGAGCUUCAGCUCGGGAAGAUUGGCAUUUUAAUAUUGGAUGUUCUAGACACAUGACAAGUAUCAAGAAGUUCUUGGAGAACAUCAAGUCCUACUCAACCAGUUAUGUCACUGCUGGAGAUGGGGAUAAAGGUGAAAUUAAAGGAGUUGGAAGACUAGCCUGUACAGGACAUUUGAGUCCUGAUAAUGUCAUGUUGGUAAAAGGUCUUACUACUAAUUUGAUUAGUAUUAGUCAGCUAUGUGAUGAGGGUAUUAAAGGGAAGUUCUGA